AUGGAUCCGAUCGAGCACGUUGCACAACCAUCCAAUAAUAAUGGAUAUCCAAAUGUUGUCAUAGGGCACUGUGGGGGGCUUGAAGCAAAACGGCGAAUCAUAAAAAUCCAUGAGGAGCGUCGUUCUCAUUCUCGGAAUAAUAUCUGGCCAGAAAGUUACAAAUGCCGGUCUCCGACUCAGCAGCAGGCUGAACCUUUUCUGUGCGAUGUUGAGCUGCAGAUUGCUGUCGAAUUCGCAGCCCGUCGGACACACGGCUUGUCUGGUAGCCCGACGGACGAGACGGCGCCGAUUGGCUCGGAGGGCACCGCCUUGUGGUUUCCCGGCAAGCGAAAAAGGAAAGCUUCAAUGGAGCGUUGGACCACUCGCUGGCAGCUUCCCUGA